GGCGGGUCCCACACGCGGUUCUGGGCUGGCAGUCAUGGGGCUCGCCUGGGUGCAGUGAGUGUGCGCGCGGACAUGCACGCCGUGCUCGUGCCUGUUUACCUUCUGCUUAUUACCCCCAUCACCUCAUCAUGGUGGGCUGCCGGUAGUCAGGUGGUCAUGGAUCCGCAUUCGAUCUGUAAAAAGAGCAGGAAGAUCAAGGGCAAAAUGUCGGAAAUCUGCAGAACCGAUUCACCACUGCUGGACGAAAUUUCGAAGGGGGUCAAACAGGGCCACGACGAAUGCCAAUACCAAUUUCGCUACAGGAGAUGGAAUUGCACAGCAUCGAAGAGGAGCAUGAAGAAAGUAUUGCUCAGAGAUACUCGAGAAACAGGAUUUGUGAACGCUUUGACGGCAGCGGGGGUGGCUUACGCAAUAACAAGGGCAUGUACGAUGAACGUGUUGACGGAUUGUUCAUGCAACAAAAACGUAAAGAGAAUGAAAAAGGGGGACAAGAGAACAAGCAACGCAAUGAAUCUUCCGGAGAGCAAGUGGCAGUGGACCGGAUGCGGCGAUAACAUCAACUACGGCAUCAAGGUGUCCAAGGACUUCAUGGACUCGCGCUACAAGAAGAUGAGUGACAUGAAGACCAUCGUGAAACUGCAUAAUUACGCCGCUGGACGAAUGGCGAUUAAGAAGCACAUGAGGUCUGACUGCAAGUGUCACGGAUUGUCUGGUUCUUGUGCGCUGAGGACGUGUUGGAGGAAGAUGCCGACCUUCCGGGAAGUCGGGAACCGUCUGAAGGAGCAUUUCGAUGGCGCGGCAAAGGUGAUCGCAGGCAACGAUGGCAACAGCUUCAUACCAGACGGCGAUACUAUCAAGCCGCCGAACCGAGAAGAUUUAGUGUACUCGGAAGAAUCGCCAAAAUUCUGCACACCUAACAGCACCGUGGGAUCGCUGGGUACCCAAGGUAGGGAAUGCAAUGCGACCUCGCAAGGUGAGGAAGGCUGCGACAUCCUUUGCUGUGGCAGAGGCCAUACCACCAUCAAGAAGAAAGCGUACGGUAACUGCAAUUGCGAGUUCAUUUGGUGCUGUGAAGUGAAAUGCCAAACGUGCCUCCUGGAGAAUGAGAUAAGCACGUGCUUAUAGUAUAUACCCCUCUAGAUCUAAAUUUAUAUAAUAAUUACAUGGAAUUAGGUGUGAUACAGUUUUUUUUUUAAUAUUUGUGAUGAAUGCCGCGCGUUGGACGUUCCGUACACGCAAGCCCGGUUUGUAUAUUUGUUAAGCACAAUUUCUAUUUGUACAUAAUAUAAAUAUAUAUUUUUUCUUAUAUAU